GACUGAGACACGACCGCAGCAGCAUGGGAGGUGUUUAUUCUAGUGAGAAGAUUGCAGAUGUUUUUGCUUAUGAGAGUUCAGAGAUCGACUGGUGUGAAGACAACUACAAACACUCGGAUCAUGUCGUGGAGUAUUUUAACACUAUGAGCAGCUUUUUUUUCUUCCUCAUAUCUCCCAUCAUGCUCUACCUGCUGCAUCCUUAUGCCAAAGAGAGGAGCCUGGCGAUCCACAUGGUCUGGGUUCUGAUGAUAUUUGUAGGGCUUUUCUCUGCGUACUUCCACAUGACUCUUAGCUUCGUUGGUCAGAUGUUGGACGAGCUGUCCAUCCUGUGGGUGCUGGCUGUUGGAUAUGCUGUUUGGUUCCCUCGCAAACAAUUUCCCUCUUUUAUAAAAGACAGGUCCACAUUUUGUAAACUGGUCCUGCUGAUAACGGCUGUCACCACAGCGUCAUCCUUCGUCAAACCUACAGCCAACGCCUACGCCUUGAACUGCUUUGGCCUCCACCUUCUUUACAUUCUGGCCCUGGAGAUGAGAUGCUGCACAGACCAGAAGGCUUUGCGUCUCGCCAAGCUGUCAGUGGCUCUGUGGAUGCUCGCCAUCGCCUGCUGGAUUAGUGACCGAUUUGGCUGCAGUUUCUGGCAGCGACUGAACUUCUGCUACCUGCACGGGAUCUGGCACAUUCUGAUUGUAAUGGCUGUAGCCUAUGGCAGCACACUGAUAGCUUACCUGGAUGCCAACCACGAGAUCCCUUAUUCUUUGCCUGGGCUGCAGUACUGGCCCUGUGAUAAGUGGUCUGUUGGAUUUCCUCACAUUGUCCUGAAACACAUGACCAAGACUCAGAAACGGUGCUGACAAAUCGUUUUAUAUUUGUUGACUUUGCUAGUAAAGAUUUCAUCUUU